CAUAUAUAAAUAUGGUAAAUUUGAUAAAAUCGUUCUGGACAAAGUGCAUUAGAGCCGUCAGAACUAUUGAUCUUUAUGGUAAACCUAUCACGCUUCAUUACAGAGGAAAUUAUGCUUUUAAGACUUACCUCGGAGGCUUUGUGACGAUUCUAGUGGUAAUGACUAUAUGAGGUUAUGCAUCAUAUCUUUUCAGAGUAAUGGUGGAAAGACAGAACAUUAUUUAUGCAACAAACACUAUGAUCAAGGAUCUUCAGGGAGAAGCAAAUAUACAUAGACCAGCUGAGCAUGGAUUUGCUUUGGCUCUUGGAAUGAGGCGGAGUAAUAAUAGUUUCCUCGAUGAAGAAUAUUUGCGAAUCUUUCAAGUCAAAGCUUAUCAAUAUCGAGGGGUUACUGCUAGAGAUGGGAGCUUUACUGAGACAAGGGAGGAACUAGAGCUUGUCAGGUGCAAGGACAAUUUUCCAUUUUAUAACAAGACUCAGUUGGAAGUAUUUGGAAUAAAUAACCAUGUCUGAAUAAAGCCAACAAAUUAUUCUAUCACUGGAAAUUGGUAUAGCGAUAUUUCAGAAUCUCUUGAAAUAACAGUCAAGAAAUGAGAUGAUUCUGAAAGAAGUGAUUGAUACAAAGAAUCGGAAGUUGAUGAGGAAAAGUUCCAUCAGCAUGUUGAAGUUGUAAUGAUUAACAGCUAUUUUGACUUGGGAAGCUUCUCUAAUCCAAUCAAGACCUAUCUCACUCAUAAGCAUUUUUAUGCUUUUGAGCAUGAUUAUUUCCUUGAAACUAAUAUUUAUUUGAAAGAGAAUACUGUAAGUAUUCUGGAUGAUUAUACAAUGGUUGAAGGUAAGAAAGGUAAAGUCUUUUACAGUGUAUCAGACGAGAAGAAUGAUAGACAUAUCGGCCCUACUGAUGACUUUUCUACUAUUCAUAUUCUUCUCGAUGCUGAAGCUGUGAAUUAUGAAAGAAACGUGUAUACUUUCAUUGAUUUUGUAGCUAAUCUUGGUGGUAUCUUCAGCCUGAUUCAAUCAUUCUGAGGUCUUGUUCUAGGAAUUUAUGCUGAGAAAGCUCUAAGACACUCUGUAAUCUCAAAAUGAUACACUUUCAACCAAGAAGACCUAGAUUUAUACACUGAAAAGAUCAAAGAAAAUGAAAAAUCAAGUGAGCCUAUUGCUCAACGCCAAGAAAACAUUUUCUCUGGCUAUCAGUACGAAGAAGCGAAGAUUGAAGAGAAUAAGGCAUCUUGCGAAGACUACGAAGGAGGGACCUUUGAAAAUGUAAUAAAAAACCACCAUAAAUUGAACCCAAAGACUUCUUUGAGUCCUUUCGAUGAGGAUUCACUUUUAAGGAAGAUGAAUAACAAAUAGGAGAUAUGGGUACACCACUCUUGACCUGAUAUAUGGAGUCUUCUGCUUAAUCAAAAUGAAGACUUUUUGUAGGAAGAGGUACAUCAACUCGAGGAUUUAUUCAAGAGGCUGCAAGAGAUACUCUCUUGACCUCGAUGUUGUUAAUAUUAUUUCAAAGACACAUCAUUCUGAGAUUAUGAUGAAGUGGAUUUUUGAUGACAAACAGCGCUUUAUUGCAAAGUUUAGCAACAAGAGAUCUAUGAGUAAUAUUGAAGAUCACUUAAGGAAUCCUUUAAAAAGUAUUUUAAAAUAUAAGUGCUCAAACUAUGAAAGUAGAGAGGCUAGAUACAUCAACCAGAACUUAGAUUUAAUAAAUGAAAUUAAGGAAUCUAGAGUUAACGAAAAAGACAAAUAUAUGAUUGAGCAAAUUGAGAAUGGGACAAUACUCCAGAAGAGGAUCAGAGCGAAAACUGAGUUUAGAGUACCUAAGCCUCCUUGAGAUAGCCUACAAAUUAAGAAAAACAACAUUAUCCAUGAACUCUCUCCAAGGAAUAAUGGUGAGCCAAAUGAUGUGCAGAAUCAAGGUAGUGCCUCCCAGAUCGACAUUGAGUUAUCUAAUAAUCAAACUAACAAGAAGGAAAGACUUAGCUCGAGAGAUGAAGAUGCAAAGGAUAUCUAUAGCACUUUCUUGAAUAUAGAGGAUCAAAUGAAAUCAAUCAACCCAGUUAAGAGAAACUACAAUGCUAUAAAUAUUGAGCAGCUGAACAUGAAUGCAGCUAAAUCUAACACUUAGGUAUAGGGAUUAGAGUAUCAAUCCAUG